GUCAAGGUACAAGUGUACUUACUGUGAUGUGUGUAAUCAUGGGGUUAAUGCAGGCUAGUCUUUUGCUGCUUGUUGGCAUUACCUUGGCUGAAGCUCAGUGGCCAGGAUGGGAUAGAUGGAGUCAAGACUUUAAUAGGCUUAAGUCAAACAACUUUUUGAGUAUACCUCAAGCUCCAGCAGUGUUUCAUCCUCGGGCAUUUAGCCAUAAGCCAGCUGUAAGUUCUGUGCAGACAGCAGUCCAGGAUCCUGUGCAGACACCAGUCCAAGAUCCUGUACAGGUACCAGGUGAGGACCCUGUACAGAUGCCAGACCAGGAUCACAUGCAUAGUCCUGUGCAGAGUCUAAACUCACCAGUCUGGAAUCUGGUUAAGACUUCUGUGCCGGCAUCUAUCAAAAGUCCUGCACUGACAAAUGGUAUAAACCCUGUACAGACACCAGUUCAAGAUCCAGUUUGGAGUCCUCUGCCAGUGCCUGCCCAGAAACCUGCAUUAACCUCUGAGCAGGAUCCAGUUCAGAACUCUCUGCCAGGGUCUGACCAGGGUCCUGUGCCAGUUCAGAAUCCUGCUCUAACAAGUGGUCCAAAAACAGCACAGAGUGCUGUGGUAACAAGUGUAAACCCACCAGUCUGGAAUCUGGUUCAUACGCCUGUGCCAGCACCUGAUUUGCAUCCUGUGCAGAAAAAUGGAUUAAACCAUGUACUUGCACCGGUUCAGGACCCAGUUGAGAAUCCUGCAUUGACCAGCAAGCUAGCCCAGAGUCCAGUUCAGGCUACUGUGCAGGCACCAGGUUGGCAUCCUCCUCAGGCACCCUUGUCCCUACCACACAAGGAUCCUCUUCACACGCAAGCUCAGAUACAUGAGCCCAGGAAAAAGUUGUCUUGGCGUUUUCCUAAAGUUCCAGAAAGGCCCCAGCAGUCCCCAGUUGACUUUGAUUUGCAACAACCUGCUCCAGCUAACAGUGUGGCUGCUGCUUGUGGGGAGAGUGUGGUGCUUGUGGAAGUGAAACAAAAUUUGUUUGGAACUGGGCAUCUAGUAAACUCUAGUUCCCUGACCCUUGGAGGGUGUGCAGCAGUGGGACAGGAUUCUGAAGCUCAAGUGCUCAUCUUUCAAUCUGAACUCCAGGCCUGUGGUAGCAUGUUGUCUAUGACUGACGAUGACCUCGUCUACAGCUUCAACCUCAUUUACAGUCCAGAACCACUACCUGGUACUCCCAUUGUCCGAGCAGGGGGUGCUGUGGUUCAAAUUGAGUGUCACUAUUCAAGGAAGCACAAUGUGAGCAGCAAUGCUCUGGUACCCUCGUGGGUACCUUAUGCAUCUACAGAGGUUGCAGAGGAGCAUCUGGUCUUUGCCCUGAAGCUCAUGACUGAUGACUGGAAGUUUGAGAGACCAUCAAACCAGUACUUUCUUGGUGAUUUCAUGAACAUUGAGGCAUCUUUAAUGCAGUUCAACCAUGUACCUCUAAACGUCUUUGUGGACAGCUGUGUAGCAACUGCUGAUCCUGAAGAUGCUGCAAGUCCAAGAUACUCUUUUAUUGAGAACCAUGGGUGUUUGAUUGAUGCCAAGAUUACUGGCUCCAACUCUCACUUCAUGCAACGGGUUCAAGGCAACAAGCUGCAGUUUCAGUUGGAAGUGUUCACUUUUGAGCAGGACAACAGUAGCUUGAUCUACAUCACAUGUUUUUUGAAAGGCUCAAGGGCCUCAUAUCCCACUGACGCUGAGCACAAGGCUUGUUCCUUCACAGCCAAUGGGUGGAUUGCUGCAGAUGGCAAUAACCAAGUUUGUAGGUGCUGUGAUGCAAACUGUAGCUCAAGGAAGGGAAGAAGUUUACCUACUGAUGAAGGUGUGUAUGUUGUUGAAGCUGAAGUCCCUCUAGGCCCAAUCUUGGUCAAUGGAGAUGCUUAGGCUGAUUACAAUGUAAUGGAUUUUCUUAAAAUAAAACUUUGGGGGGGAAUUUAAAAA